CGGUGGUGGUGUCAGUCCGAGGGGAGCCGCGGGGCCGGGAGCGAGCUAGGCUGCGCCCCUACAUAACUGCUGCCGCCCGAGCCGCCGCUGACGUCUUUCGAAUUGGAGACGGGGCUCGCGCGCCUGCUUAGCCGCCUGGGAGCUGCAGUAAGACAUUUUAGGAUGUCCAGCAAUGUGCAGCGACUUAGAGACCACGAUACAAAUCCAUGUCUAGCGGAAACAGAUGCCUCUAGACAAUGUAUGGAUAACAAUAACUACAGAAAGGAUAUGUGUGCCUCUUAUUUUUUAAAGUACAAAAACUGCAGAAAAUUUUGGCAUGCCAUUAUGAUACAAAGGAGAAGAGAUGGUGUGAAACCAAAUAUGCCUACAGCAGACGAGAGAGAGAAUAUAUUGAAGUCAAUAGGAGGAACACCAUACUGAUCACACAAUCUUUAUUGUUUACUAUUUAAUAUUAUGUACAUAUGAAGAUUUCUGUCAGCUAGGCAUUAAAUUUUUUUAACAUUG